AACUGAGGAUAGGUGCUUAUUCUCUGUAAGCAUCUACCUCAAUAACUUUAAUAUCAUACCAUAUGUUAACAUUCAUUUAUCUGCACUUUACACUAACAGCAGAGACACCCAUGGGAGGAGUACAAGGGGAAACAAAACGAUGAAAGCAAUGUUGCAACAUUCUGAAGCAAGCCUUUUCUCCUUGUUAGGGGGACACAUGCACAUACUAUAUGGGUGAAGCUUGCAAUACAGUGUUGCUUUUGUCAUUCUGAUGAAAAAACAAGCACCUGAGAAUAUCCAUGUUUCAAACUGCUUGCCUCUGGAAAAAUAGCAAAGGUUACAGAGAUAGAGUGACAUUAUUCCUGCUUUUAUAGUCUAUCUCCUAAACAUUAUGGGUUUCCAGUGUGAGUUUCCCUCAGGAUGAUAGAAAACCUGAGCACACUGAAAGCCAAGCAUGACCAAAAUAUAUAGAGAUACAAUGAAUUGAAAAUUGAUAUUAUUCAUUUACUAUUAAUUGCUACUAUUUUUUAGAAAAGCAUUUUGCCUGUGUCCAUGUUAUGUGAAAUAUAUUUAAAAGGAGUUUAUUUUUGAAUAAAUUCCUGUUAAUGAUAUAUUCUAGAUUUUAACGGAUUUAAAAUGACUUGCUAAUUGUAUGAAUGAGGGUGAUCAUUUAAAAGAAAAGCCAAAGGGAAACUGUUAUAAGCAAAGCCCUUUAUAUGUUCAAUUACACCAGAGCUGACCUAUAAUCAUGGAUUGAUAAUUGCAAAGAAAGGGCAGUUCUAGAAAGAAAAAUACCCUACUUGAUAAAAGACUUUAGGCAAAGGUAGAAAGAAUUCUCUUGGACAAUUUUUAUUCUAUGAUGUUAUUGCCAUUAGAAGAACCUAAGACUUUCUUAAAGUGUUGAAAUUAGAUUGUUUUAAUCCCACUAUAGAAUUGGAACAUUCUAUUGAUUACCUGGGUGCUGGUAUUGAAUGCCUUUCUGAGAGUACUGAAAAUAUUGAAUGCCUUUCUGAGAAUACUGAAAAUAUGAACAAUACAAUCCAUGAGGAAGAUUACUUGACAAAUAAAGGAAUCAGUGAGAAGCCUAAAGAACAAAUUAAAAUUACUUGUGAGAAAACAGCAAAUAACCAUAUGAAAUCUGAAAGGGAUUCUGUAUUGUUACCAGCGAUCAGCACAGGUGACUUGGAUAAGUACAAUGCUAGUAAUGCAGAAAAAACACCAAAACUUAAUAUAUCUUCUAGUCAGAAUGUAGAUAUAAAUAUUCAUAUUGAUGAAAACAUUAAUAAUCUACUUCUGAGGAGAGCUUUAAGUACUGAAAAUUCAGUUAGAGGUGUACAUGAAAUGCCUAACAAACACUUUGAUAAAUAUAGUUCCAAACUGAAAGAAAUGAAUACAAAGGUUUUGCUUCUGGACUCUCAAGAUCUACAUGAAUCUGAAAUUGGAGACAUGACAAUUAAUGAAGUUGCUAAAGUUAAACAGGUAAACUUACAUACUUCCAAAGAUAACAGUGAGCAAUUUACUGACUUUUUUAAGGAAGAAAAAGAAAGAGAAAAAUCAUUGAAUACAAUAAUGAGGAAAAUAACUGUGGAAGGAAGCACAAAAAAAUCAUGUUCUUUGCUCAUGAAGCCAACAGAAAAUUUAAUAAACAGAAACGGAAGACUAUCCUUUGACCUUCCAGUUAUGGAUAAAAAAACAGAAUACUUACAUUUAUCAAGAAAAUGUCAAGAUGAAGUUCAAAUAAUGCCUCUCUCUUUGAAGGAAAGGCUUCUCUCCCAAGAUAUAAAAAAUGCUCAGAGCUCAAGAAAAAUUGAUAAGAUUAUAAACAUGCAUAGUGAUGUAAGUCAAGAAAUACCAGUUUCCGCUUGCAGUAGUAGAAAUGCUGACUCUUUGAAUACCGGAACUAUUAAUCCAAUCCCCAAGAGAAAUCCCAGUGCAGAAUGGAAUGCAAUAGCAAACAAUUUUUAUGAUCCUUCUUUUCCCACAGAACACGUAAGUCAAUUAAAAAUAUUGUAGAACAGACCUUGGUGAGCUAACUCCAGAGCUAUGUAUAGAAUUGUAUGCAUCUUGAUGCUUUAAGACUGACUUGAUCUCCACAAUAGUAUUCAAGAGGGCAAAUGUGGCAACAUUUUUCACAAUUAAAGUUGAUAGAAAACAGCAGAAAAAAGUCAUAGCAUAUAAAUCAAAUCAAUCACAUCUUAUUUGAAGACAAGAUCUACAUAAAAACUUUUAAAGUAAAAAAAAAAUCAUGAAUACAAUAUUUGUGUUCAUUUUCUAAUUAUUAUAACAGAUAUAAGCAAUUUGUAAGUCUGAAUGAAAUAUAAUACAAUUUAUAACACUGACUUUAUUUUUUUUCUUCUACGUUCAUUAUCUGAUUACUAAAUCUAAAAGUAAUGUUGAGUAUGUUAUGCAGGCUUCUGUUUAAGCAACAGCUUUCUACAAGUUGGAACAGAAUGGAAAAAUUAUACUCAUCUACAGGAAAGGGUCAUAGAUUUAUAUAAUUGCAAGAUCAUUGUCCAAAUAUUUGCUAUGCCAUUCUUGUGUAAAAUAAUAUAAUAAAAAGUAUGGCCACAUAAAAACCUCAUUUGCCAAAAAUGUGUAAUAUACUUCCUGGUAACAAUAUUAAGUUCAAACAGAACCUUCAAAUAGAACCUGCUUCAACUUCUAGGUAGCCAGGACUAGAACAAGAAACUAAACUUGUAUGCAAAAGAAACUAAACUUGUAUUUAACAAACAAGUGUAAAUUCUUUUCAGAAAACGAAGCUUGGGAUUACAAGGAAUCUAUGUUUAAGACCCAAGAAGCACCGUGGAAAGCAAAGCUCAGGCAUUGUGUGGGCAUAUACUUCUGCAGAAUUUAUAUUCUCUGCAGCCCAAUCCAGAAUGACCACGAAAAUAUUCAAAUUUCAAAAUAUUUUAAAUUAAAAUCAGAUUAUUCUACCCCCUCAUAGGCAUGUUAUUCUCUUGUCAAGUUGCCCAUGAUUCAAAUUUCAGAAUAAAUGAAACAGCAUCAGAAAACUUUCCAUGUUUGAAAUUGUUUGAACUCAAAGCAAUGAUUUGAGCAUAUGAGAGUUUGAAUUCAAAACAUGUUGCAUACUAUUUAUAUAUACACCCAUCUACAUAAUGUGUGUGUGUGUGUGUGUGUGUGUGUAUGUAUAUGUAUUCAAUUGCUAUUACAUUACUGUAGGAUGCAAAGGUGCCCCCUCUCCCCCAUUAUAGUAGCAGAAAGUCACAAAACACAAACCAGCCCUUGAGGAGCAAAAACAUUAUUA